AUGCUGCCUUCAGCGGCUUCAAAUUUUUUUAGAAAAAUGGGUAGACGAUCUGUUCAUAUAAAAAAAUUGAGUUAUUUGUGUUUUGGAUAUACUGGAAAUAUACAACAAAAUAGUUCACUAUUUCAUCUUGGGAAAAAUGUUUUUAAACGAAAUUUCAAUACCUCCACAUAUUUUUUUGAUAAAAAUGAGACUGCAAAUGGUAAAAAUAACGAAAAGCAUACAGAAACAAAUAAAGACAAAUUAUGUAAACCAAAAAGUAUGAGUGGAAUUGAAAUUAAGACUGAAACUAAUGAAAAUAAUGUGGUUACAAAAGUUACCAUAGAGAAGCCACAAACAGUUACCUCUUCUUCAAAACAGGCAGUCGCUUCUCAAGUCAAGAAGAGACUAUUAAUAGAUUUUUCGGCAUCGUAUACUGAACGUAAUUUUAUAACUCCGAUGCGUGCAAUGACUGAAUAUUUACUUAAACAGUCUGAUUUGGAAUCAUUGCCAAAAGUAUUUCGAAGAUCGCCAUAUGAGUCAGAACCGCCAAUAACUGUAUAUUACCGUAAAGAUGUUGAAGCAAAAGCUGUUGAGGUGUGGGGAUCAAGAGAAGCAUUAGAAAAGGAAUUAUUAAGAAGAGAAUUGGAUAGGAGAAGAUAUGAACAAGAUGUUUUCACUGUAAAACGCAGACUAAGAAACUACAGAAGAGAAAUGAGUCAUAAACGUUUGAAACAUGGUGUAGAAGAAUUAGGGUUAAAAACGAGAUCAGGAAGAGUAGUACUUACAGCAAUUGGAAUAAAUGGAUGUAAUUUUCUAUUCAAACUCUGCGCCUGGUUUUAUACAGGAUCACACAGUUUAUUCUCUGAAUGUAUUCACUCCCUAGCUGAUACAGUAAAUCAAGUUAUUCUUGCUUAUGGAAUACACAAAUCUGUUCAAAUUGCAGAUCCAGACCAUCCAUAUGGCUAUACAAAUAUGAGGUAUGUGUCGUCCCUGAUAUCAGGAGUAGGCAUAUUCUGUGUUGGAAGCGGAUUAUCCUUUUAUCACGGUGUAGUGGGCAUAUUGGAUCCUCAGCCACUUCAUGAUUUAUUUUGGGCUUAUUUUGUUCUUGGUGGAGCAGUUGUGUCAGAAGGUGCUACUUUAUUGGUGGCUUUAAGUGCAAUUAGAAAGGGUGCAAAAGAAGCUAAUAUGCCCCUAACGGAAUACGUGAUGCGUAGCUCUGAUCCUUCAGUAAACGUAGUAUUGCUAGAAGAUACUGCAGCUGUAGCGGGCGUUGUGGUAGCAGCUAGUUGCAUGGCCAUUUCCCAAUAUACCGGCAAUCCGUUGCCAGAUGCUAUUGGAAGCAUAUUGGUGGGAACUAUCCUGGGUUGCGUUGCUUCAUUUAUUAUAUUAAGCAAUGUGGGUGCACUUGUUGGAAGAUCUAUUCCACAAGAACAAUUAGACGAAAUAAAUAGUGUUUUGGAGAGAGAUUUCAUGAUUCGAGCUAUUCAUGAUGUCAAGGGUAUAGAUAUAGGAAGUAAUCUCAUAAGAUACAAAGCUGAAGUUGAUUUUGACGGUAGAGCAUUAACGCGUUCUUAUUUAGAGAAACAUGAUUUAAAUGUGUUAUUAGAGGAUAUAAAAAAGAUCGAGACAAUAGACGAUGUAGAAGCAUUCCUACUAAAACAUGGUGAAAAUAUAGUAGAUAUGUUAGGCGGUGAGAUUGACAGAAUAGAGCUGAAAUUAAGGAAAAAGUUUCCACAAAUUCGACAUUGCGAUUUGGAAAUUUUGUAA